AUGAUCGCGUUCGUCAUCAUCAUCGCUCUGUACCACACCGUUGAAACCGCCCUCGCCCAUGCGACCGGCCGUUACCGCACCAUGACGCAACUUGACACGUCGCACCUGGACCCAACUGUGAGUGUGACAGUCCGGCCCAGCGUGAACGUCGUUGCACUCCUAGGUCGUCUACCAUCGAACCAUGAGCUCCACCCUCCGAAUGACACCCUUGUACUUGACUCGGGCGCCUCCCACCACAUGGUCAAGGACGCGUCUCUCUUCGACGUCUGGCACACACGGUCGCACGAACGUCGAAACAACGAACGAUCAAGCUCUGCAACGUCUACUACGUCCCCGACCUUCCGGCCAACCUGAUCUCGGUCAUGCAGCUGCGACGCGAGCGCAUUUACACCCAUUUUGGCAAGACCAUCGAGCUCCGGUCACAAGGUCAACUCAUAGGUGUGGCAUCCCUCAUUGCAAAUCAAUUGUCGACACUGGACGCCACCCCAAUCCGCAGCACGGUGUCACCGGUCGCAGCAGCCGCCAUCCCUCUUGGCAAGCGACGUCGGAGGGGAUGA